AUGACGUUUAAAGUAGUCAUGCUUUGUUUUGUAGCAACUGUUUUUGCUGCACAAUAUACUGAUACAUACGAAAAUAUUAAUUUUAAAGAAAUCGUGGAGAACAAAAGAAUAUUACUUUCAUAUGCGAAUUGUGUUUUAGAAAAAGGAAAAUGCAGUCCGGAGGGCAAAGUGCUUAAAGAAAAUAUAAAGGAUGCAAUCGACACGGGGUGUGAAAAGUGCACGGACGCUCAAAAAGACGGCAUUGCGGUUAUGAUUCGAAAUUUGAUCAAAAACGAGCCAGAUCUUUGGAAUGAACUCGCAGCAAAGUACGACUCAACAGGCAAGUGGAGGAAGGCAUACGAAGACAAGGCCAGAAAAUUAAGCAUCAUUGUAACUUAAAAGACAAUCAUUUACAUAUGUUUAAUUGAAAUAGAAACCUUUAAUUUCUGUCAUAUUAUAAUAAAAAUAAUAAGAAUAAUCACGAUAUAUUCUAAAGGCUUUUAUUUAUGAGUCUAU